GGUGAAUCUGCAGAGUUUGCUGCCACACUGUUUGAGAAAGGUGUUUAGGAAAUUUCUACUCCAUCAUGGCAGAGGGAAAUCAUAGCAUUGUGACUGAAUUCAUCCUUACUGGAUUCCCUGGACUUCAUCCAGAGUACCAAGGCCUUGCCUCAGCUGUAUUGUUCUUAGUUUAUUUCUUAACUUUGACAGGCAAUGCUACAGUUCUUUUUUUAUUUGCAACCAAUCGCAGCCUUCAUAAGCCAAUGUAUUAUAUAAUUCUAAAUCUGAGUGCAUGCGACAUUCUCUUUAGCACAACCACCUUACCUAAGAUCAUUGGUAAGUAUUGGUUUCAAUCAGGGACCAUUUCAUUCACUGCUUGCUUUGUCCAAAUGUACUUUGUUCACUAUCUUGGCACAGUGAAUUCCUAUAUUCUUUUCCUAAUGGCUUUAGAUAGGUAUUUGGCUAUCUGCCAUCCUCUCAGAUAUCCACUUAUUCUUAAAAACUCCACCAUCCACAUUCUCAGUAUUAGUGCAUGGGUUAUUGCUAAGGCUGGCGCUUUAAUGUUAGUUAUAAGGGCGUACCCUCUUCCUUACUGUGCCUCAAACAAAAUCGACCACUGCUAUUGUGAUCAUAUUGGUAUAACAAUGCUGGCAUGCACUGACAGGGCCCCUUAUGGUUUUCCUGCUUUUGUGUUUGCAAUGGUUAUGCUACUGGUACCUCUAGCAUUUAUAAUCUUCUCAUAUUGCUCUAUAAUUAUAACAGUACUUAAGAUAACAAAUGUACAAGGUCGCCUAAAAUCUCUGUCCACUUGUAGUACUCAGUUGAUUAUAAUCUCCCUCUAUUAUUUACCCAGAUGUUUUGUAUAUUUAGCCAGCAAUGUUGGCAUUACAUUUAGUGCUGAUGUGCGAAUAGUAAUUAUCAUGUUGUAUAGCCUUUGCCCCCCCAUGAUUAAUCCACUUAUAUACUGCUUAAGAGCUAAAGACAUGAGAGAAAGCUUGUGGAAGCAAUUCAACAGAAGGAACGUUCCACAAAAAGCACAAGUUUCAGCUAUUAGUAACUGAUAAACCAAUGCAUUAUUCAAUGUUUUUCCUUUCUUCUUAUCAGCCAUCUCUCUUCGUGAGGACAGGAAAGUUUCAUAAAAGGUACUGAUUGGGGACAAAUGGAAAGCCAAAGCUAUCACACUGUUCACCAUGUUAUUUUAAUUUAAACCCAAGUCCAUUCUUAGAGGGAGGCAAAAGGUUUCUUCUAUCUAGUAUAUCAAAAUUUAUUGAAUGAAACAUAAGUCCUAUUUUAUAAACAAAUAAUAAUAAUAAUCAAAUUUAUGUAUACAGCACUUUUCAAAAGAAAAAUUACAAAGUGCUUUACAUGGUUGAAUCAGGGUCAAAACAAAUCAGGACUGAAGCAAAUACAGUCAGGCAUUUAAAAAAUACAGCAAUACAAUGAAAUUAAAUGAAAUUAAAUAUAAGAUAUUAAAAUUAAAUUAAAUAUAAUCAGCUGAAGGCGCUAGAUGGUUUUUUGGCUCAAACCUGAAUUCAAUUAAUUAUAAUAGUCUAACCGAGAAGAAAAAAAGCAUGAAGGACCUUCUCAAGAUCAAAUAAAUAAACAAAUAAUGCCAUUUAUGUUGCAGGGUACAGAGGAAAACAGCCUAAAAUGGUUUUGCAAAUGUUUUCUAGCCUGCGACCCCAUUGUUAGGUUUAUUGCUCUUAUUGACCCCAGCAGUUACUGUAGAGACCUGUCAAGUUGUCAUGUGAAUUGGAGUGUUUCAUGUAUUUUACUGUGAAUGAAGGUAUAUUUCAAACCCAUCUGUUGUAUUCUUAUUACAGAAUUAAUUAAAUAAAAUAUAUAUAUCAAUUAUAAAUAAAUUGUAUCAGACUUUUAAAUCUCCUUGGACCCAAACUGUUUAUCAAUAUCACACUUGUGUAAGCAGGGAACACGAAGAAUAGGACCCAAACGCAGAC